AUGACCCGGCGGCCCGACACCCGACACCUGACGACCCGACACCCGACGACCCGGACAUGCCGCUUCUGGGAGAGGCUCCACACCCGACGACCCGACACCCGACGACCCGACACCCGACCACCCGACCCCCUGACGACCCGAUACCCGACGACCCGACACCCGACGACCCGAUACCCGACGACCCGACACCCGACGAUCCGACACCCGAAGACCCGAUUCCCGACGACCCGAUACCCGAAGACCCGAUUCCCGACGACCCGACACCCGACGACCCGACACCCGAUGACCCGAUUCCCGACGACCCGACACCCGACGACCAGACACCCGACGACCCGAUUCCCGACGACCCGACACCCGACGACCCGAUUCCCGACGACCCGACACCCGACGACCCGAUUCCCGACAACCCGACACCCGACACCCGACGAUCCGACACCCGAAGACCCGAUUCCCGACGACCCGACACCCGAAGACCCGAUACCCGACGACCCGACACCCGACGACCCGACACCCGACGACCCGAUUCCCGAGGACCCGACACCCGACGACCCGACACCCGACGACCCGACACCCGACGACCCGAUUCCCGACGACCCGACACCCGACGACCCGACACCCGACGACCCGACACCCGGCGACCCGACACCCGAAGACCCGACACCCGAUGACCCGACACCCGAUGACCCGACACCCUACGACCCGAUUCCCGACGACCCGACACCCGAUGACCCGACACCCGACGACCUGACACCCGACGACCCGACACCAGACGACCCGACACCCGAUUCCCGACGACCCGACACCCGAUUCCCGACGACCCGACACCCGACGACCCGACACCCGAUUCCUGAUGACCCGACACCCUACGACCCGAUUCCCGACGACCCGACACCUGACACCCGACGACCCGACACCCAACGACCUGACACCCGACGACCCGAUUCCCGACGACCCGACACCCGACGACCCGACACCCGAUACCCGAUGACCCGACAUCCAAAACUCGACGACCAGAUGAUCAGACACUCAAAAUCCGACAAUCCAACGCGCGGCACCCGACGAACUGACACCACACGACCCGACACCCGUCAUCCGACGACCCGACGACUCGACACUGCGGCUCUGGGCUGGGGCGCGGGGCUCAGCGCCUGGCGAGACCGACUGGAUUUCUUGUCUGUCGCCUGCUUUUGGUGCCGCGAGGGAGGCGGCGGGAAGAGCCACGCGGCAGAAGGACCGGUGGAAGCUUUAAAACAUUUGGAGAUUUAG